AUUGAUGUCAUUAACUGGAUCUACGCAUCGUCUUACGAAUCCAAGCACAAGAAGACCAGAAGAGAAAGGGUCAAGGGCAGUGGUGCAUGGCUCUUAAAGAAACAAGAAUACCAAGGAUGGUACAGCGACAGUGGUUCAACACAACUGCUCUGGUGCCAUGGAAAACCUGGAGCUGGCAAGACCUUUAUAGCGUCAGCGGUAAUCGAUGAGCUGCUUGCUAACCGUAUGGAGCGGGACAUUGGAAUUGCGUAUAUUUACUUUGACUACGCCGACAAAGAGGCACAAAGUCUCGAGAAUGUGUUUGCUAGUGUCCUCAAGCAGGUUGUGCUAUGUAAAGAGAAGGAAAGUAUCGAGGAAGUGCGUCGUCUGUAUCGUGCAUGUAACAUGGGUGCCCAAAGACCGGAAAUUGAUACUCUGGUAGAAACUCUCGGGCAUAUGUCUCAGUAUUUCAAGCAGAUAUUCAUUGUCUUCGACGCUCUAGACGAAUGCUCGGAUAAGCUUAGGGCAGUUCUUUUGAAACAGCUUGAAAGUCUUGACAAUCCAAGAUGGAGGUUCUUCGUCACUGGUCGCUCGCAUCUGUCGGAUGUUUCGAUGAAGUUUCCAUCAUGUUCAGAGUUGGUCGUCGCUGCUCACCGCGAUGAUGUUGAGAAACUCGUGCUUGAAAGGAUUCGU